GGAAGCGAGAAGAAGGGGCGUUCAAGCUGUCAGUGUGAGGGAGGGCGGCUCAGCACACAGCGGCGCCACACGUCCAGGCCGCCGCGCACCCCCGGGCAAGGAUGGCCAAACAAAAUUGCCUCAUUGUGCUCUCUGCUUCUCCACUUGGUGUGUCAGCACCUUCCUUCCUCCAGUGCUACAAGUUGACACAAUCUGCAUUUAACAUAGAAAUUGCUACUCCAGAGGCAGCUCCUCCUGUUUUCAUUGACAAAGAUGACCAGAGCAGUCGCUGGUUGAAUGACAUAGCUGCCAAGAACCUCCUUGAACCACGAUCACUGAGUGAUAUUCAAGGGGGGCAGUACUCAUGUGUAGUGGUCCCACACAGUCCUGGUUCCAGCGAGGAUUUGGCAUCCUGCAAGGUACUUGGCAAGAUUCUCAUACACUGCCUGGCUGAGAGAAAGCCAGUGUGUGCGAUUGGGCUUGGAGUGUGCGCUUUGCUUUCAGCAAUGAAGGGUGAACCACAACAGUGGGCCUUCAGGGACAUUGCUCUAACAGGGUCCUCCCUCGCUGAAGUCACCACUGCCUCCUACUUUAGCUCUCUCCCACUCAUCCCUGGAGAUGCCAUCCUAGACCGUGCUGGGAUCUUUUCCACCGGUGCCCCGUCAAGCAUUCACAUUGUAGUGAAUGUCGGUGUGGUGACUGGCCAGAAUCCUCAAUCCACUCUCUCAGCUGUCCAGAAUAUGAUUCUCCUGGCCAACCAAAGACAAAGCAAAGGAAAAUGAUUAGAUGAGAUGAUAAAUCAGCAACAGUAAAGGAAGCAGCUCAAGGGCAAAAAUAAAUGAGAGAAAAAAGCCCACUGAGGAGGAAAGCUGCUAAGAGUAUGUGUCACAAAAUUUUAGGCAGAGUAGGUUUUGAAGUAUAAGGCCACCUCUUGUGUGCACAAAACAAUGGAUAUUACUUUUAGUAAAGAAUUUUAUCUUCAAUAUUUGAAAGGCAUAUAGUAUAUAUCUAUAGGCAAACCCCAUUAUUCAGUCAUUUGUUUGUCUGUAGUGACCCAAAAUGUGGAUAAAGACUCCAAAAGGCAUUAAGGAAGUGUUGGCAAAUUUCCUCUGAAUUCAUUCCAUGGCUUUGUUUGGUGUCUGGAGCAUCAGUAAGUUUAUCUAAGCAAUGCAAUAGGUUCAUUCACAUUUAUAUGUGGCAAUGUUAAGGCACUCAGCUGAUGAGGGAGGAGUGGGGUUGAAAGCAGAGGAGGGAGUUGGAAUACGUAUAUCCCAUGAUGUGUUGAAGAUGCUACGAGAUGAGAAACAACGGCCAGACAUGUUUAUCAAUCAAUCAGUCAGUGGGGGCAUACGCCGGGGGGCGCGUUGCCUCGCCCACCCCACGACACCAAGCCCGGGGGUCCCUCCGGGCGAGUCUCCAUGCAGGCCCCCUUCCUAACCCAUCCUCCCGGCAGGGUCUAUUGACUUCCUCCAGCCACGAACUCCGUGGGCAUCCCCUUGGCCUCCUCCACUCAGGAUUGUCUCUUACAGAGACAACCCGAUGAGCAGGAUCAGCUUCCGGAAAACGUGCCACGUGCCCAUAUAGCCGGAGUUGGCGUUGACGGACUAUGCAGUCAAUGUAUGUCGAAUCAGUCUCACGGAGUAGUCGCCGGUUUGACACAAAGUCAUUCCAGCGAUAUCCCACGAUUCUGCGUAGACACUUAUUACCAAAGGCAUCAAUCCGCCUCUCCAAGUCCCCAUUUAGUGUCCAUGUCUCACAACCAUAGAGUAAGACAGGGAGCACAAAGGACUUGAAGAUCCGGAUCUUUGUCCUUCUGCACAGGUACCGACAAUGCCAUAUACUCGUGUUGAGCGAGUCCAUAACACCGUGGGCCAGACCAAUCUGCCGUAAGACUUCCUGGCCAGACUCACCGUUGUUAUGAACUACGCUACCAAGAUAUGUGAAACUUUCUGAGAGCUUAACGUCCUCGCCACACGCAUGAACAGACUGUACUGUGUCAUGUUUAUGGGUUCACAAAAGCACAAUAACUGAGAACAAUGACCUGCGAGGCAUAGGGUGUGCGUGCAUGGGUGUGGCAUGGGUCUAGCGAGUUAUCCGCUUGGGAUAUUGUUCCUACAUAUCCACUCCAAAAUUCAGUAUCCUAGGCCACUCCGUAAGGCGCCAUAACACUCAAUAGUAGGUGACACAUUAUGUGCAACGCUGAUCCUUCGAUUACUUUUUUAUCGACGCAUUACGUACAUCACUUGGGGUCCAGCGGGUUAAGGUCCAGCAGUUGUGUCUGUGUGCCGGAAUGGUUUUGAACAUUUAGAGAUCCCCUCCUGGUAAUCCAGAAAAUCAGAUAAUCCAGAGGGUUCUUGACCCCCUGCAUUCCAGAUGAAAGGACUUUUACUGUAUCAGGAAUUAGAAAUUUGGAGAAAAAAAAUUCAAAAUGCUGGGGAUUAUUUACUGAAACAAUGAGAAAGGUUAGGUAUUUCAAAAUGUCAAAUAAUGGGGUUUGCCAGUACAGUAGAGCCCCACUUAGCGCGAGAUCAAUUAGCGCGAACCGCAAUUAGCGCGAGCCACCAUCUACCAAGAAAAAAAUUAAUUAGCGCGAAAGCCUCAGUUAGUGCGAGCAGCCACCACGAUUGAAUUUUGAAAAUUGCGCCAAGGCGCCAUGAUGCGCGGCACAAGCCGCCACGAUGCACAGCACAAGCCGCCAUGAUGCGCGGCACAAGCCGCCAUGAUGCGCGGCACAAGCUGCCACGAUGCGCGGCACAAGCCGCCACGAUGCGCGGCACAAGCCGCCAUGAUGCGCGGCACAAGCCGCCACGAUGCGCGGCACAAGCCGCCAUGAUGCGCGGCACAAGCCGCCAUGAUGCGCGGCACAAGCCGCCAUGAUGCGCGACAAGCCGCCAUGAUGCGCAGCACAAGCCGCCACGAUGCGCGGCACAAGCUGCCAUGAUGCGCGGCACAAGCCACCAUGAUGCGCAGCAGCGUUGAUACAGGGCAAGUGCUUUCUUUACGUUGU